UCCUAUGAGGCUGGUACAUUUUGGUGCUCUGGGUGUAUCAGUCAAGGGUAUCUUCCCUUCUGUGGGUCCUGCAUGUGCCCUCUGUGCUAGGAGUUGGCUAGGCUGGGUGUGUAGACAAUGCUUCUUCCAGGCUAGAGGUACAGUGGGUGUGCCUGCAUGGUGGAGACAGCCCAUCCUGCAGAGACUCUUAUCCUGGGUCCCCUCUUCCUGUCUCCUAGCAUCCCCUCUGGGGCUCAGGAGAGAGGCCUGCUGCUCACCAGGAAGGAAAGUUACACUGCUGGUGGCAUGACCCUGGGAAGGUGAUGGCUUCUACUACCCCAGGGCAGCUGGAGGAAGAACAGAGCCCCCGCCCCGGCCGAGUGAUGGCAGCGAGGAGAGGCAGAGACAGCCAGGGGCAGGCGACGCCCUGCCCCUCUGCGUUCCUGGAGGCCUGGCAGACACUCGGAGCUACAGCUGGAUAGAGUGGGGGUGCUGAGCUUCUGGAAAACGUCAGCUUGUUAUUGUGAAGCCUUGUGAAGCAGAGUGUCCUGGAGUUCCAGUCGUCCCUCUUGCACAUGACUCUCUACCCAAGGGGUUCACCGUGCCCUGCAAGGAAGGGGCCAGCUCACGACCAGCAGGACCCAUCCAGGCUCCAGCCAGCAGCUCCCUGAGGAAGCUUCUAGCAUUGUUAGCCAACUGGUGUGCUUCCCAGGCCUUCCGCGGCUGGGCACCGUUUCCAGACCGUAUCUUGCCAGCUGGAGAAGCCGAGUCCAGUUCCCGCUGCCAGAGAGCUUUCAGCGGCCAAGUGGGAAAGCUGUCCUCCUCCCCUUGGGAAGAAGUCCCAAGUGAAAUUUGAGAACCUUUGGGAUGCAUAUCAACGGGACCUUUCUCCAUGUUUCUGUGCUCAGGGCCCUGGAAGCCACUCAGGGGGCACAAAAGCCCGGAGGACCACCCCACCCUUCCCCGGGCAAUGUGGGGUCAUGAGCUCUUUGAGGCGGGCGGGGGGGUGGUGGGGUGCGGUUCUCUCUGCCUGCAGUGCCUCAGACACAGCAGAUCUGUUUCACGUUAGGAGAAAGAUUUUGAGCAUUACCCUGCCAGGUGGAAUUGUUUUUACAUCCAUCCUGAAACUGAUAAUUUUUGUCUCUGAAAUGACCUAGGCUGUAAUCAGAAGGUGUCAGGGCCGCAAGUCCCUGUAUCCCAUGGGGAGUCGAGGCCCAGAGAAGCACAUGUCUGGGUGAGGGUCACCCAGCAGUUAAGGUUGGAGGAGUGCCCACACCCAGAUUGCCUCCCAUCCCCCGGGCACCACUCUGCUCAGUGCCGGCCACAUUCCUCUCCUAGCUCACGGCCCAAAGUUCAGGUUCAUGAAGCCCCGGGAUGGCCUGGGGCUUCUUAGCAGCAAAGAACAAGUCAGUUUUGGUUUUGCUGAACAGGUGUAGGCUCGAGAGCUGGGCCCUGGCUUUUCCCUGAGGACCACAAGACACUCCUGUCCCGAGCAUCCCCUUCUUUCUCUUGCAAAGAGCAUGAAAACAGACACUCCUCUUCUCGGGGCCAUUGGGAAAAGGGCACCGUUCGAUGCCCCACUCCAGCGGCUCUGUUGAGGCGACUAGAAUGGGUCCUGUUGUUCUCUCCAGGUCAGGCCAGGGCCAGGCAGGGUGCCCGCCAGGAGGACACCGUGGACAUUGAUGCUGAGAGCACUGUGCCUCCCUCCCCCAGCCUUCCCAGCGCACCUGUGCAGGAGGGACCAGGCACAAGGCCAGGGCGCUCUGUCUCAGACCCUCCUGCUUACUCCGACUCACUGAACUCACACAAAGCACCUCACCUGGAGCUGGAAGGGAGCACUCUGCCAGGAUGGGAGCUGCUCACAGGCCGGACGUCUCCUUUAGGGUGAUGCUGACCAUCGGUUGGUUCAUCCUGGCCCACUUUCCUGGUACCGCAUCCACGGGGUCAGCUGAGUGCCCUGAUCAGUGGCCUGAGUUGCAACCCUGGAAUCCUGGCCAUGACCCAGACUACUAUGUGUAUAUAGGCCAGGGCAGAGCACUGUUGCUCACCUCUUCUGCCACGGUCUACUCCAUCCGCAUCUCAGAGGGAGGAAAGCUAGUCAUUAAAGACCAAGAUGAGGCCAUUGUUUUGCGUACCCGGCACAUCCUGAUUGACAGCGGAGGAGAGCUGCAUGCUGGGAGUGCCCUCUGCCCUUUCCAGGGCAAUUUCAGCAUCGUUUUGUAUGGAAGGGCUGAUGAUGGCAUUCAGCUGGAUCCCUACUUUGGCCUCAAGUACAUUGGUGUCGACAGAGGAGGUACCCUUGAGUUGCAUGGACAGAAGAAGCUCUCCUGGACAUUUCUGAACAAGACUCUUCACCCGGGUGGCCUGGAAGAGGGAGGCUAUUUUUUUGAAAGGAGCUGGGGUCACCGUGGAGUCAUUGUCCAUGUCAUUGACCCCAAAUCAGGAACAGUCAUCCAUUCUGACAGAUUUGACACCUACAGAUCCAAGAAAGAGAGUGAGCGUCUGGCCCAGUAUUUAAAUGCCGUGCCCAAUGGCAGGAUCCUUUCUGUUGCUGUGAAUGAUGAAGGCUCUCGAAAUUUGGAUGAUGUGGCCAGGAAGGCGAUGACCAAACUGGGCAGCAAACACUUUCUACACCUUGGAUUCAGACACCCUUGGAGUUUCCUAACUGUGAAAGGAAAUCCCUCUUCUUCCGUCGAAGACCACAUCGAGUAUCAUGGACACCAUGGCUCUGCUGCUGCCCGGGUGUUCAAACUCUUCCGGACAGAGCAUGGUGAGCUUUUCAACGUCUCCUCAUCCAGCGAGUGGGUUCAAGAUGUGGAGUGGACAGAGUGGUUUGAACAUGACCAAGUGCCUUACACAAAAGGUGGAGAGAAAAUUUCAGACCUUGGGGUCACUCAACCAGGGAAAAUCUGCAAUCGUCCCAUUGAUAUACAGGCCACUACAUUGGAUGGAGUCAACCUCACCACUGAGGUUGUCUACAAAAAGGGCCAGGAUUAUAGGUUUGUGUGCUACGACCGGGGCCAAGUCUGCCAGAGCUACCGUGUGCGGUUCCUGUGCGGGAAGCCUGUGAGGCCCAAACUCACCGUCACCAUCGACACCAAUGUGAACAGCACCAUCCUGCAUCUGGCAGACAAUGUACAGUCAUGGAAGCCUGGGGACACCCUGGUCGUUGCCAGCACCGAUUACUCCAUGUACCAGGCGGAAGAGUUCCAGGUGCUCCCCUGCAGAACCUGUGCCCCCAACCAGGUCAAAGUAGCAGGCAAGCCGAUGUACCUGCACAUUGGGGAGGAGAUCGAUGGUGUGGACAUGCGUGCUGAGGUGGGACUCCUGAGCCGGAACAUCGUGGUGAUGGGGGAGAUGGAGGACGAGUGCUACCCCUACAGCAACCACCUCUGCAACUUCUUUGACUUCGACACCUUUGGGGGCCACAUCAAGUUUGCACUGGGAUUCAAGGCCGCACACCUGGAGGGCGUGGAGCUGAAGCACAUGGGACAGCAGCUGAUUGGUCAGUACCCAAUUCACUUCCACCUGGUGGGCGACGUGGAUGAAAAGGGGGGCUACGACCCGCCCACAUAUGUCAAGGAUCUCUCCAUCCACCACACGUUCUCCCGCUGUGUCACCGUCCAUGGCUCCAACGGCUUGUUGGUCAAGGAUGUUGUAGGCUAUAACUCUUUGGGCCACUGCUUCUUCACGGAAGAUGGACCAGAAGAGCGCAACACCUUUGACCACUGUCUUGGCCUCCUCGUCAAGUCUGGAACCCUCCUCCCCUCUGACCGUGACAGCAAGAUGUGCAAGACGAUCACGGAGGACUCCUACCCAGGGUAUAUCCCCAAGCCCCGGCAGGACUGCAAUGCUGUGUCCACCUUCUGGAUGGCCAAUCCCAACAACAACCUCAUAAACUGUGCUGCGGCGGGAUCCGAGGAAACUGGGUUCUGGUUCAUUUUUCACCACGUCCCGACGGGCCCCUCGGCCGGCAUGUACUCCCCGGGUUAUUCAGAGCACAUUCCAUUGGGGAAAUUCCUUAACAACCGAGCGCACUCCAACUACCGGGCUGGCAUGAUCAUAGACAACGGGGUCAAAACCACCCAGGCCUCUGCCAAAGACAAGCGGCCCUUCCUCUCCAUCAUCUCUGCCAGAUACAGCCCCCACCAGGACGCCGACCCACUGAAGCCCCGGGAGCCAGCCAUCAUCAAACACUUUACUGCCUACAAGAACCAAGAUCACGGGGCCUGGCUGCGUGGUGGGGACGUGUGGUUGGACAGCUGCAAGUUUGCUGACAAUGGCAUCGGCCUGACCUUAGCCAGUGGUGGAACCUUCCCCUAUGAUGAUGGCUCUAAGCAGGAGAUCAAGAACAGCUUGUUUGUCGGCGAGAGUGGCAACGUUGGCACAGAGAUGAUGGACAACAGGAUCUGGGGUCCUGGUGGCUUGGACCACAGUGGAAGGACCCUCCCCAUAGGCCAGAAUUUUCCCAUCCGAGGCAUUCAGUUCUAUGACGGCCCCAUCAACAUCCAGAACUGUACUUUCCGCAAGUUCGCAGCCCUGGAGGGCCGGCACACCAGCGCCCUGGCCUUCCGUCUGAACAAUGCCUGGCAGAGCUGCCCCCACAACAAUGUUACCAAUAUUGCCUUUGAGGAUGUCCCGAUUACUUCCAGAGUUUUCUUCGGGGAGCCCGGGCCCUGGUUCAACCAGCUGGACAUGGACGGGGAUAAGACAUCAGUGUUCCAUGAUGUGGACGGCUCCGUGUCCGAGUACCCCGGCUCCUACCUCACUAAGGAUGACAACUGGCUGGUCCGGCACCCAGACUGCAUCAACGUUCCAGACUGGAGAGGGGCCAUCUGCAGCGGGCGCUAUGCACAGAUGUACAUUCAGGCCUACAAGACCAGUAAUCUGCGGAUGAAGAUCAUCAAGAAUGACUUCCCCAACCACCCUCUCUACCUGGAAGGGGCCCUGACCAGGAGCACGCAUUACCAGCAAUACCAGCCAGUCAUCACCCUGCAGAAGGGCUACACCAUCCACUGGGACCAGACUGCUCCCUCUGAGCUCACCAUCUGGCUCAUCAACUUCAACAAGGGUGACUGGAUCCGAGUGGGGCUCUGCUACCCCCGGGGCACCACUUUCUCCAUCCUCUCGGACGUCCACAAUCGCCUGCUGAAGCAGACGUCCAAGACGGGCAUCUUCGUGAAGACCUCGCAGAUGGACAAAGUGGAGCAGAGCCAUCCUGGCCGCAGCCACUACUAUUGGGACGAGGACUCGGGGCUGCUUUUCCUGAAGCUGAAAGCUCAGAACGAGAGAGAGAAGUUUGCCUUCUGCUCUGUGAAGGGCUGCGAGAGGAUAAAGAUUAAAGCUCUGAUCCCAAAGAACGCAGGCAUCAGCGACUGCGUGGCCACGGCCUACCCCAAGUUCACAGAGAAGGCCAUCGUGGACGUGCCCAUGCCCAAGAAGCUCUUCGGUUCUCUGCUGAAGACAAAGGACCACUUCCUGGAGGUGAAGAUGGAGAGUGCCAAGCAGCGCUUCUUCCACCUGCUGAAUGACCUGGCAUACAUCCAAGUGGAUGGGAAGAAAUACCCCAGCUUGGAAGACGGCAUCCAGGUGGUGGUGAUUGACGGGAGGCACGGGCAGGUGCUGAACCACACUGGCUUCAGGAACGCCAUCCUGCAGGGCAUCCCCUGGCAGCUCUUCAAUUAUGUGGCGACCAUCCCCGAGAAUUCCAUAGUUCUCAUGGCAUCAAAGGGAAGAUACAUCUCCAGAGGCCCGUGGACCAGAGUGCUGGAAAAACUCGGGGCAGACAAGGGGCUCAAACUGAAAGAGAAAAUGGUAUUCGUUGGCUUCAAAGGCAGCUUCCGGCCCACCUGGGUGACCCUGGACACUGAGGACCACCACGCCAAAAUCUUCCAAGUGGUGCCCAUCCCGGUAGUGAGGAAGAAGAAGCUGUGAGGACCGCCGCCACCCCGUGCGCCCCCACAGUGGACUCUGACACUGGAAUCUGGGCGGCAGCCCGGGGCAGGGAGGCCGG